ACAGUUCGACAUGAUACCCAGAGCAAAACUGUCCAACGCCGCAGUAAUUGACGUUGAGAAUGUCUCAGCCGGAAAGAACACAGCCAAAGAGCUGGUGGAGAACACCAGAAAAGCCUUCAGGAGCCAGAGGACGCUGUCCUAUUCCUUCAGGCGAGAGCAGCUCAGGAAUCUGCUGAGGUUCUUUGACAACGAAGCGGAGGCGAUAUGCGAGGCCCUGUACAAGGACCUAAAGAAGCCCAAGGCGGAGUCGAUGGCCGGGGAGAUUUGUAUGGUCAGGAGGGAAGUGGCUGGUGCUCUGAGCAAUCUGAAGAGCUGGAUGGAGCCGGAGGAGGUGAAGAAGACAGUGGCGAAUUUUUUCGACGAUUUGUAUGUUUAUAAUGAUCCCUACGGUGUUGUGCUCGUUAUUGGUGCGUGGAAUUAUCCUGUCCAAGUGUGCAUGAUACCUGUCGUUGGUGCCAUAGCUGCUGGUAAUUGUGUUAUAAUCAAGCCAUCCGAAGUUGCUUCAGCAACUGCUCAAACACUAGCAACACUCCUACCCAAAUAUUUAGACCCAGAAUUCUACCCGGUGUUUUUAGGAGGUAUCGAAGAAACUGCUGAUCUGCUCAAAAAUAGGUUCGACUAUAUCUUUUACACUGGAUCUACUGAGGUUGGAAAAAUCAUACACCAAGCAGCUAGUAAGUACCUCACUCCGAUUACUCUAGAGUUGGGAGGUAAAAGCCCAGUAUAUAUUGAUAAUACAGCCAACUUGAAGAUAGCUGCGAAGAGGAUAUUAUGGGGAAAGGUGCAAAAUUCUGGCCAAAUUUGUGUUGGUCCAGAUUACAUUCUGUGUACGAAGGAGGUCCAAAAAGAACUCAUUCCUCACAUGGAAAAGGCCCUGGAAGAGUUUUUCGAUGGUAAUAUCAAAACCAACGAGGACUAUGGCAGAAUUGUCUCCCAGAAACAUUUCAAUCGAUUAGCCAAUAUGCUCAAGAACCAAAAGGCAGCGAUAGGCGGGAAGAGCGACGAAUCAGACCUAUUUGUCGAACCCACAGUCCUGAUAGACGUCAAACCAGAAGACCACGUUAUGCAAGAAGAAGUCUUCGGGCCGAUCAUAUCGAUCAUCAAUGUGAAAGACGAAAAUGAAGCCAUCGAAUUCAUCAACGACAGGGAGAAGCCGUUGGCACUGUAUAUCUUCACGAACAGUAGUAAAGUGAAGAAAAUGUUCUUAGAGAGGACUUCCAGCGGAGGAGUUCUCAUCAAUGAUACGGUUAUGCAUUUGAUUGCUGAUGGUUUACCUUUCGGAGGAGUUGGACAUUCUGGUAUGGGAUCAUAUCAUGGAAAGAAGACCUUCGACACUUUCGUUCACAAAAAAUCGGUAUUAUCGAAAAGCUUCAACUUGAUUGCAGAAAAAAUAGAAUCCUUGAAGUAUCCACCAUACACCAAAUUCAAAUCAGGUUCAUUAGCUCUAGUGAUGAGAUACAAUAGAAGUCUUCCAACAAAGUAUGUCCCACAUUUGUGUGCCUUCGUUUUAGGGAUAGCUGCAACUGUUGGAUGUUAUUACUUGAAAAGAUAUGUGAAGAUUUGUUAUGCAUCUACCCAGAUAGAACAAAUACCUUUUGAGAACCUUUUGAGGCGUUCACAAUAAUGUCCUCAGGACGUCGAGGGCGAGCCUGAGGAUGUCCCUAGCCCGUCCUCCUGUUACCAUUCUCUUCAUCCUAAUAACGUCUCAGAACAUUCUUAUAAGGUCUUCUGGGACAUGUAUAGGACAUUAUGGGAACAUCUUUAGGUAGUAUUCAAAAAUGUCUAGGGAUAGAUUGAUAUAAAUGAAAUUUUAUUGAAAUAAUAUGGAUAUCAUGAUAUUUGCGUAAUUUCCCUGGAAUAAUAAUAUGUUCAAAUAAAAAACUCACAUUCUAUUAUUUAUAACUUAUUGGUGAAGAUUUUCGAGUUUUGUUUUGAAAAAAUGUAUCUCAGCUCCUUGUUGAGCUCUACUAGAAGUUAUUGCCCAUUGAUAAUAUUUCUCUAUGUGGUUUUUGAUUUCUCAACUCUGAAUAUGCUUCCUGAGGCUGAAUCUACUGAAAGUUGAAGCCUUCAUACAAUUUUCUAUAGAUGACAUCAAGUUUGUGUUUUCCAUAACCUUCUGGAACAAACAAUGAUUCAAUAUCUCAUAUCCAUGUAAUAUCUAUGAUUUGAUCCACCUACACCUUUGUUCCUUUCUUCCUCAGAGAAAUCUCAUUAUCAACAGAUAAUAAAUACUUUAUGAUGAUUUUUGUUUUGUUCUAAUUCUGUUGUGAGUUCUCUUCAUGUUAUCAUUUGUGAUUUCUGAACCCUGAACAUACUUUCUGAUGCUCAAUUUACUGAAAGUUCAAGCCUGCAUACAAUCUUUCAUGGAUUCCAAAGAAGCCAAAAUAUCUUUGAUUUGAACAUAUCUGCUCUGAUGAUAGCAUCAAAAGUUUGUGUUCCCAAUAACCUCCUCAAAUGAAUAAUGUAUUAAUAUUUUAAUAAUCAUGUCCAGUACCUAUCAAUAUUUUGAUUUAUUUACCUACCUUCAUUGAAUGUACUGAGAGUUCAAGCCUGCAUAUAAUCUUUUAUAGAUUCCGAAGCCAAAAUUUCUUGGAAUGAAACAUCUCUGCUCUGAUAAUAUGAUAAUAUCAAGUUUGUGUUCUCAAUAACUUCCUGAAACAAAUAAUGUAUCGAUAUUUUAUGUCUAGUAGGUAUACCUACUAUCAAUAUGAUUUGAUUCCUACCUAGUACCUUUAUUGUAUCUAUACUGAAAGUUAAAGCCUGCAUAUUAGUUAUUUAUGUAAUAAGGAUCAUAAUGAUUGUUUAUGAUUCGUAUUACAUACAAAAUUUUAUCUGAUGGCAUUUAUAUCAAUACAUUUUCGAAAAAUUAAAAACUGCAUUUUCGACAUGUCACAAUGACAACUAUUUUUAAAGGAGUAAGUAUUGUGUAGUUUCAAAUAUUAGUAGGUGAGUGAGCUGUGCUUUGCCAUUAUAUUAAUAUUACAAAUUGUAGUAAUUGUUCUUUUACCAUUUAUAAUAAAUAGUUUUGUACAUAUAGUUAUGCAUUUUGAAUAAACUUUUUUGAU